UAUUUUACAUGGCCACUACAUUGCUGUGAAGUCGCCGCUUUGAAAGCGUUUACGGGAAGAAAAGUGCAAAAUAAAAAGUUUUUAUUUUAAUUAUAGUUCAAGUGUAUAUCCCAUGCAACUAAAGGAAGCUAGAGCAUAGUUGUAGGAAAAAUUGAUUCCCAACCCAAUCAUGCCCAAGCCGGACAGUAAAAAGCAAAGGGCCAAAUAUAAAACGGAGGAAGACGAGGGCUCAGACGUUGAGGACAAGAACUCGGACGAUGCCGUAGAACAGGAGGUCGAUAGCCAGCAAGGUGGCGAGGACAUGGAGGCUGACAGCGAUGAUGACGAUGAUGACGACGACGAUGAUGACAAGGACGACGACGAGGACAAAUCAGAGGACGAACGCAAUGACAACAAGAAACGAACAACGGAAAAAAAACAACAGCAGCAACAGCAGCAGAAACCGCAACAUGAACUGGAACAAUCUGAUGAUGACGACAGCGAUGACUCCGAAGAGGACAAUGAGCAGGACAACAACGGCAACAGCAACAGUGAACAGCAGCAGCAGCAGCAGCAUCAGCAACCCCCACCCCAGCAACAGCAGCAGCAGCAACAACAACAGCAACAGCAUCAACAGAACAAACAGAGCAACGCCAGCGGAGGUGCGGUCGCUGGCGCUGCUGCCGUCGCUGCCGCCACCGCUGCUGAGGAUCGUACGAGUGCAACGAAUCUGAUCAUCAACUAUUUACCACAGGAUAUGACAGAUCGUGAGUUGUACAAUUUGUUCAGCAGUUGUGGCUCCAUCAAUACAUGCAAAAUUAUGCGAGACUACAAGACCGGAUACAGUUUUGGCUACGGUUUCGUCGACUACAACUCGGAGGCGGACUCCGAGGACGCGAUACUAAAACUCAAUGGAUUCUAUGUGCGCAAUAAGCGCUUGAAGGUAUCUUAUGCACGACCUGGCGGGCAAUCGAUCAAGGACACCAACCUGUACGUGAUCAAUCUGUCCCGCAACAUCAACGAUGAUCAGCUGGAUCGGAUAUUCUCCCCAUACGGCUUGAUCGUCCAACGUAACAUCUUGCGGGACAAGCUAACAGGUCGCCCACGAGGCGUAGCAUUUGUACGUUACAACAAGCGCGAGGAGGCGCAGGAAGCAAUCAAGGCGCUCAACAAUACGGUGCCCGAGGGCGGCUCACAGCCAAUCUGGGUGCGGCUGGCGGAGGAGCACGGCAAGGCGAAGGCCGCGCAAUUUAUGUCACAAAUUGCCGGCGGUCCGCACAUGGGCCCACCGCAGCAACAACCGCCGCCCCACCACAUGAAUCCCCACAUGCAGCAACAGCAGCAGGCGCACCAGCAUCAUUCGCACCACCAGCAGCAGCACCAUCAGCAGCAGCAGCAACAGCAGAUGCAUCAUCAGCAGCAGCAGCACCAGCAGCAGCAGCAACAUCAUCAUCAUCAUCACAGUUUGCCACCACCGCCACCGCAUCACAUGCAACAGUUGCAUCAUCAUCCGCACGGAGGAGUAGGAGGUGGCGGCGGGAUCGGUGUCGGUGUCGGCGUCGGUCUGCCACAGCCGAUGCACGGCGGUGGCGGGGGCGGCGGCGUCGGCUAUCACCAUAUGGCACAUAGAGGUAGAUCAAAUAGAACAACACGAUCUCAAAAACCGCAUCCAUAUAACCAUGCACAGAAAUUUAUUUAAAACAAAAUUAAUUUCUUUACACAAUAUUAGCUGCAUCUCACAGGUGAAGUGUUCAUGCUGCCAUUGCCUAU